GUGAUGGGGAAGACGUUACCUUUUGCCUUUGGGUUUUCUCGGAUUCGCUUUCUUCUCUUAUUCCUUGUUUCCUUUAAUAUCUCUUAUAGUAUAUGAUAUAUAUAUAUAUAUAAUUCUUUUCUUAGAAUACAUUAGUUUAUGGAAAUUCUUCUAAUCCCUCUAAUUUUUGGCUGAUCUUGAUCCGUGUUUAUUUGAGAUCAAUCAUUGCCACCUUGUUUUGCUUUUAAUUUGUCUGAACUAAAUCUUCUUCUUCUUUUUGUUUGGAUCAAUGGAAGCAGCUGCACCAAUUAGCAAAAACUAUGGUAGAAACUUGAAGAAAAGCAUUAAUAGGACAUUUUCAUCAACCCCUUGUGAAAAUCUUGCACCAAUUAAUUAUCAAAAUGGCAUUUUACAAACUCCUCCUAUUUUAUAUCACUCAUUUCCUCCAUUUUUAGCUCAUAAAAAGCAACCACCUCUUCUUCCUCUCCCAAUCUCCAAAACUAGUGUUCAUCAACAUUACAAUCAUAUCAAUACUCUGUCCCAAAACAAGGCAUUUUCUCUCCCUCCCAUCAAUAGAAGAGUCAACAAUAAUGUUAAGCCAACAAGAAAAUCAAAAUCAUCCACGUCAAGUCCUAAGAAAGAUCAAGAAAGCCCAAAAUCAUCAAAAGUAGUUAUGGUUUCAUCUACUAACCCCCUGGGCCCAGAUCCAAAGGAUCUGCCCAAAGAUGUUUCUAUGGUUUUGUCCAUGUCAUCAACAGGUGAAAAAGAACAAUCCGGCCAUUCACUAAGCUCUCAAUAUGCGCGGAGUCCAAAAAAAGAUGAUGCUAAAAGGAACCAAUUGAGCCUAUUGCACAUGACAGGUGAAAAGGAACAACCAAUCGGUGCACUAAACUCUCAGUAUGCACGGAGACCGAAAAAAGAUGAUGCUAACAAGAACCAAUUGAGCCUAUUGCACAUGACAUCUAAAAAAGAAAGAUCCAUCAGUGCACUAAAUUCUCGCAAUGCGCGGAACCCUGAAAAAGAUGUUGUUAACAGGAAACAAUUGAGCCAAUUGCACACAAAUAUUGUCAAGGAAAGUAUUGAGACCUUUGUGGCGUUUACUACUAUUUCUCCUCCACCAAGCAGCUUGCCUUUGCCCACUUUUUCAUUGAGGCCAAAGCUUAGUUGCAACGCCGAGGCGUCUGCCGGAGUUGAUGCUGGAGCUACUGACAAUCUCCGGCGACUACUUAGACUUGGAUGAAGUUUUAAUUGGUAAAUUGUGUAUUAGCUAAAGGUUUUUAAAGAAAAAAAUAUCUAAAUAAACUGCAUCAUCUUCUACAUGUUUUUUUUUUCCCAUUGUAGAUGGUGAUAAAUUUACUAAAAAGGCAAAUGAUGCUAAAAAACAUUUGUUAGUUUUUU